AUGUCGGUAGCAUUCCUGGCGGAUCCCAACCUGUCCAGUAUAUCGGUUGAGCAUCUGCAAAAUGCAGCGGCCAAGCUUGGUAUCAAAAUCCCAGAUGGCCAAGAGACAGAGGCCUACUUGCACCUGCUCCAGUCGGCCGAGGCUGUAAUGAAACGCAUUCAAAGCAGUAACGACUACAUUCACCCUGCAUUAUCUCCUCUCGCAACAACGAAACCACGUAUUUACUGGGAGCCCCGCAAGGAGGAAAAUCCUUUGAAUGCUUGGAGAUACCGUUGCGAACUGAUCGCGGCAGAGCCGACCAGCAACUUACUUCGUGGCAAAACGAUCGUGAUCAAAGACAAUAUCUCCGUCGGGGGGCAGCCAACCACCGUGGGCACGUUUACAGAGCUGCUUUGCAAAGAUGGAAAUCUCCCGGUUUCACCCAUCGAUGCAUCUGUGGUCUCACGAAUACUUGCGGCGGGUGCAAUCAUCAAAGGAUCUUCCACUUGCGAGAACUAUUGUGCCUCGCCGCUCUCCUUCAGCGCUGCCAGUGGUCCAGUGCAUAAUGCCUUGGCCCCUGGCUAUACUGCUGGCGGAAGUAGCAGCGGAUCUGCCGCGCUUGUUGCGGCAACUGUUAUACACCGCAGAACCGGCCAGUGCUUUGGAGAAACAGUGGAUAUUGCGAUUGGUGGGGAUCAAGCUGGAUCGGUCCGUAAUCCAGCGUCCUAUAGUGGCAUUUACGGACUGAAGCCAACGUAUGGCCUGGUUCCCUAUACCGGUGCAGUUUCAUUGGCGCCCAUGAUAGACCACCUAGGGCCUCUGGCGGCCAACCUAGACGAUAUUGCCUUGUUGCUGCAAGUGAUGGCUGGAUAUGAUGGGAUUGAUCCACGAAUGACCCCCGAGUCUCCGUUGCAAGAUCAAGUGCAAAACUACCCCCGAAUUCUGACAGAGUUCCGGAAUCGCAACCUGAAAGAUGGCGAACGAAUUGGCUCUGGGAUGAAGAUUGGCUUGUUGACAGAAUCAUUCGAGGUCCCAGGUCUGUCCCAGGAAGUUCGAGAGAUGGUCCUUAGAUCUGCCAGGUCAUUCUUUGCUGCCGCAGGGGCUGAGAUGAUGGAUAUUUCCGUUCCUAUGCACCUCGAGGGCAGCCUCAUAUGGACUGCAGCCACGAGAAUGAGCAUGUCUGAAUGGGCCUGCCAGGGGAAGACAUCUGGACACUUGUCUUUCCUGCCACCACACAUUCAAGCACGAUGGCCACCGGAUCAGCGAAUGUACGAGCUGCUCACCGCGACCAACCCGGCUGCGAUGAAUGUCAUGCUGUCUGGACCAUUUCUUCAAGAACAGUUUGGUCCCAGCGUGGAAGCCAAGGCCCACCGCAAAGUCUUUGAACUUCGAGCAGCCUACGAUCACGCAUUUACCCAAGUCGACAUUCUCGUCACGCCUUGCGCGCCCAGCGUUGCAAUGCCACACCCCAAGAUGCAGGCUGAUGGUGACGGGCCUGAAUCAAGCAUCAUGGAGAAGCUCUCGGCUGCAGUGGGAGUGACCACAAACACCGCCCCGUUUAAUGUCACUGGACAUCCUGCAAUAAGUGUACCUUGCGGAUUUGGCCGUGCAGAAAGACUUCCAAAUCGGCCAGAAGUUCAAUUGCCGAUUGGAAUGCAGCUUGUUGGUCGGCGGUGGGAGGACGCGAUGCUGUUGAAAGCUGCGGCCGUUUUUGAAGAAGGCCAAUCGGCUGUAUCGAAAGAGUCGAGCGAUUCAUGA